GCGUGUUGACAUCAGCCUCCCGAGGGGUGGGGUCUCUGGGGGACAGGACGAGGCUUUGCCCCGCCUCCCCGUGCUGCCAUGGCAACGUGGUUCUACAAAGGCGUACUCCCCUCCGAAGUAAAUUUUCCAGCUGGAAUCUUUCAUCUCCCUGUGUCCCGGAGUUUGUAAACCGCGGUUCUUCUGGAAGCUGGCUGUGUUGGGCUUCGCUUUGGGGGCUAACGCUGCAAAAAGAGCUUGGAAGAUGAGUUUCAGAGAAGCUACGUUUCAAAAGGCUCGCAAAAGCGCAGAUGUAAAUGCAGUUGAGGAAGUUGGAUCACUACCUGAUUUUGUUGUUCCUGAGGAAACGAGGAGUAAUAUCUUGGAACGCCUGUCAGAACGCCGUCGAGGCCGUCAUGAGGAAGCACUAACCUCGAUGUAUCAUGAGCUUGCCUGUAUUGCUAGGGAGGUAGAACCCUUUGUUUCAGAGCCUGGAAAAUCCCUUCUGACAAAACUGGUGGAAUCUGAUAGAAAAAUGGAACUUCUGUUUAAAAAGAUUGAGUUUGAUGCUACUCUGGAAGGCCUCUUGAUUGAAGAAUUGGAAGAACUAUGGAACGCCAUCCAUCAGGAAUUCUUGACCAGAAAAAAGUGGAUUAGGGAAAUGGAUGAAACCUUAGAAAAAGCUGAAUGGAGUCGAGCUGCUAAAAUAACAGUUGUACUGAGGAAGUAUACUCUGCUGUUGGAGGAAAUUUCCUUUUUCUCGCCAGCCGAGGUGUACAGGUUCAUGAACGAUGAGGCCAUGUUGAUUAACAGAGCACUGUUGGCCAAUCAGAGGGCCAUUGCCAAGCUGUUCUUUAACCUCAUGAAAACAGAGAUGGAAAAGGAAUUAUCACAUCGAUUGAAAUGGCAGGACAGAGUCAAGGACUGGAAGCUCAUACAAAAGAACAGCAUCGUUCACAGUUUCAGAGAGUUCAUGGCAAAGGAAGAAAUUCAGAAUCCCCCAGCAGUGAAAACAGAGAUGGAAAAUAUGCUAAAGGGUCAGAUUUUACUUAGCGAGAGGAGACUGGAGUUUUUGCAGCACCUUUGGUAUGACAAAAGAGAGAACAGCAACAAAGCAAAUGAUUUGGUGCCUCUAACACGUACGGGAGUGGACAUAAAUGAAUGGAACAGUGCCUUGGUGGAUUUAAACAAAAGUAUAGAUACCCACAAUGCGCAGUGUAUGAUGAAAAUCCGCAUCCAAUAUGAGAUGGUCCAGCAAAAAUGUUUGGCAGAAAUGCAGUUGUGCAAGAACAACCUGUUGGAUCUGCGUGUUUGCACAGAAGAAGAGGCUGAAGAAAUUGUGAACUCUGAGUUACUUCAGUUGACUGAGAAACUACAAAAUCAGUUUGAAGAAAAACUGGAGCAGAUGGGUAGAGACUUUGAGGAGUUGGCUGAACAGAAUGAGCAGAGUUGUAGAGACUUGUACAGCUAUAUUCAGGAGGCCGUGGGCUGCUGGAAUGUCCAUCAACUCAAACUGUCCCAGCAGGAGGGUAAACUUCAGAAGGGAUUAGAUGAAUGCAGACGGAAACAGGAUAACUUAAUGCAGAAGAUGGAAGAUAAACUGGAUACAAUUUUGGAGAAAAUAAGAACAGCGAGCUCUGAAAAAAUUCUGAAGAAAUAUUUGGAGAACGCCCUUUCUUCUUUAGGUGCCAUUAGAGCCAAGUAUGAGCCAUUCAAUCAAGUUCUAAUGGAUAAAGUAAUGACUUACCCACAAGCGGUUUUGCAGGAGUUGAUUUCUUAUAGCCUGUCCAUCAGCCAAUAUUUUAAUGUAAAGGAAAUCUUCAAACAGAACUUGCAAGGAGAGAUAGAAUUCACAGUUCGAGAUCAAGGACUAGGUGAGCCUUCGGAAGCUGAAGCUCUGGUGGAGCAGCAAGCUGAAAGCAUUGUGCAAGAAGAUGAUGGAAAGCAGGCAGAGAGUUGUCAGCAAGAAAAUGAAGAAAUAAAUACAGCAGAGAAUGAGGAGAUUCUGGCACAGGAAACUGAAGAAACAGAGCAAAAAGAAGAUGCGGAGAGUAUUCCUCAGGGAAGCGAAGAAGCUUAGCAUGCAGGACAGGGUGUGAGCUUUAUGCAGGCUAUGUUCAACGGUAGCAAGGCGAAGAGCUCUGAGAUUGCUGUUGAGACCUUUUCCACUUCCAGUGGAAACACUUACACAGCUCUUGGAAUUGAAGAGGCAGGAAAGACAGUCAUCCCUUAUUUUACAAAAUAUGAAAAAGAAGAGUCACUGCCGAUGUACCUGGAAUAUGUACUUAUCAAAGAAACCACACUUGUGGAGCUGAAGAAACAGAUUCGCCUCUGCUUUUUUGAACACUUGGAGAAAUGGUUUGCAGAAUCCUUAUCCAACAGCAGUCUCAUCGUAGCUGCCAAGGGAGAAGAGCUGGAUUCAGAACUUCAGCUGCAUCUUCAGUUGCAUCAACAAAGGCAGGAGAAUAUAAAGAAAAAUAUCUACAAUGCUAGAGCUGCGGAACUGUUGCUUCACAAAGAGCAUCUAAAGUGCCACCACGCUGGGGUGGUGGAAGCUCUGGAGAAGGAGAAAGCUCAAUUCCUCAUAUUUUGUGAUCAGCACAAUAACAUCAGGAAAAACUUACGUACACGAAUCCGUGAGGUGGAAUCUGUCUUACUCAGUGCUCCCAUGAAUGAGAAGUUAGUUGCUUUCAGCAGCAGCCUGCACUCGGAGCUACAGAAUCAUCUGGAAGAAAUCCAGGUUUCCCUGAUGAGUUACCAGAACUAUUUGACAGAAACUUUAGGAAAAUUAAGGGAUUCAAAUAUGGAUUUUCUCACAGCUUGCAGAUCAUUUUCUGAGGGAGGAACUUUUUCUCCUGAGGAAGUGAAGUCAUUCAGCAAGUGUGUUCAGGAAGAAAGUAAGCGUAUUGACUCGUUUGAAAGUUCAAUUCAGAAAGAUAUGAAGAAAAUGGAAUUGAGGUGUUUGCAGCAGGAUACUGAACUUAUCAAACAAUCUGAAACAAAGUUCCGUCAUCUCUUUAUGAGUCGAGUCUUUAUGGCGAAGAUCCAACGAACUUUGAAAAAUCUGCAAGUGCAAAUCAAAUCGGAGGUUGCAAAGUCCAAUUUGCAAGCAGCAACGUUAAACUCUCAUCUGGAGAAGCUCCAUCAGAAGAGAGAUGUUUGUGCUUAUCCUACCGCAGAUAAAGAAGCUUUGACUGCUGAAGAAUUGUAUGAUUUUGCCAAGGUGGUGUUGAAAGAACUGAAAAAGAGGAGCCAGUAUCUUGACUGCUUGCUGGAGAAAACAACGAGCCCAAAAGAUAAUGAGGAAUUAAGCCUUCUUGCAACAGGUGUUAUUUUACAAGGUCCAAUUGCUGUUGCCAUUCGAAAAGAGUGUCUCAGAGAUAAGAACAAAGUGCUGGUGAUGGGGCUGGAUCCUGACAAAUUUCCUGUGUUAAGUCCAAGCAGAAUGGGAAAAUCUGCAGUUGACGAUUUAUCAAUAAGCAUUAUCAAAAAUUUACUUGAAAUUGAGCCAGCCAGAAAAUCUUUAGGCCUAAAUCUGGAGAGAAAGGGUCGUUCACGUUCAUUAGGACGAGGUCCUCAGAAGUCUACUACUCGCAGCUGCGCUACUCGGACCACCAAGAGUCUAUCUGUUAACAAAAAGACGCCAAGACGAAGGAUAAAGAAAUACACCAGUUCAGUACUCGGUGAUGAGAGAUUCCAGAUAUUUGGAGAGAAGCCUCCAGAAUCUGAUACUUUUAAGGGGGCUAUUAUGAAUAUUCUCUGGACGGGUAAUAACAACUUGCUCUGUCUUGCUGAGGAGUUCUACCAGAAAGAGAUGCCUCCAAUGGUAAUACCUGAAGACCUGCCAGAGACACUGGAACGUUGUGCAGAAAUAUUCCAACAGAGCCUGUUGUCAUACCAAAGUCAAACAGAUAAUUACUACAACUCCUGUCUUAUGGAAUUUCAGGAUCAACUGAAGUUGUUUGAGAGGGACCUCCCUUAUGUCUCCCAGUUGGCAGUUGAUGGUCUUUUCAAAGAACAUGAGCAAAAACUCAGCUAUUCCACUGGCCGGAUUCGGCACCUCUUCAAUAAACAGCUGGAAGUCUGGAACAAGGUGAAGGCUGUGCAUAAGGAUCGGUUGCACCCUUCUUUGGGACACCCAGACAAUUUACUUCAGCUGGACACUUUGUGCCAAGAGGAAAGAAAAAGGCAAAAAGACUAUAUUGAUGGUGUUCAUCUCAACACACAGAUGCUGCAGGACUGUGCUGCCGACUGUGCUCAGAACUUUGUGUCUGCGCUGGCUGCCUUCACUGAAAAGCUGCUGCUGGAAUUAGACGAGAGUAUCACUAGUGAUGAUGUGCAAGUAGCAAAAACUGAGAUACCAAGAGAGGAGACAUCCACUUUAAUCGGUCAUAAACAAGCUAGAAUUCCUCUAGACAUCUGUGAAGCUGAACAGUUAACGGAGCGUGGGAGCAGGACUUGGCCAGGAAUACCCACAAUGACUCUUCCAGACAAUUCAGACUAUGUUCUUUGCAGAGAAACUGCAUCAGUUACAACAGCAAAGACUACACUGAGCCAUGUAGCAGUGGUAGAAGCAAGAGAUGCUGUAUAUGAGAAAUACAAAUGUAAGCUUGAGCAGCAGUUUGCCCAGAUCAAGGAAGAAAGUGCAGCUCAGCUGCUGACAGCUCAGCGUUGGGAAGACUGGUGGAAACGAUCCAUCCAGAAGAUUAAGCAGCUCUACACAUGAGAUCAGUCAAAUCUUGCUGGCGUGAACUGACAAGACUGAACUACUGUCAGUGAGCUUAUGGAUUUAGUUCAACAGAUUUCUGUAAUUUUCUUAGUUUCUGUUGCACUGAAUGAGCGAAAGGAGCUAAUUUUUGCCUCUUAAAAUAAAAAAAACCCUGACGAAUGUGCUGUAAAUGAAACGUAGGCUCUGUGCAGUGCUUUCUAGCUGGAUCUCAGCCAGGGUAAAGUUAACUCGUUGUGGUGCUAAUUGUAAUAUGAGAACCUGGAAAGCUGGAAGUGCAAGCAGUGGAUUUGUAUUGCAGUUCAUGUUCAAGGCUCAGGCAUGGUUUGCACACGUCUGUGCCGUGGCACAGUCUGAGGUUAUCACGGUCAAAGGCAGCCUGUGUAAUAAUGGAUUCCAGCAAGGGAAUCUUUUCUGUGGCACAGACGAAGCUCUUCCCACAGAUAUCCCUUCUUUUUUUCAUUUUCUGAACAACACUGCUCGCAGAUCACUAUUUCAGGUUUAGAAAUCUGAAAUACACGUUUAGAAAUCUGAAAGAGUUGAUCGGCAAAGAAUAUUUUUCCACAGAACAGUCAACAAGUGAGGUAUUUAUCUGCUGUCCAGAACACUUUCUAAGCCAGGGCUCGAAGAUAAAGUACUGCUUUGUUCUGGAAGGUCAAGCAAGUUCAUUUGGGAGUAGCACAGCUACUUGUAACCGUAUCACUUGUAAAAAAACCUCUCUGCACAAAUUCAAGGGACCUGAGUAACUACUAACAACACUUGAACUGUUUUUCUGUUUGUUAGAAUAUUCUGUCACUAACUGCAACCACAUCUGUUAAAUCACUUGAGAAUAAAUAUGGUGGAUGUUAAUGGGAUGGUUUAAGAUGCAAGGAGAUGUUCUGAACUCCUCUGGCUCCAGUGUCCUUGCAGAUUUGUAGCAGAGCUACAAAUGCUGUAGCAUCAGCUGUGCUCCUAAUGAUGCAAUAUUUCAAAAUAUGUGUAUAACUUGUCCUGAGGGAUUAGAUAUUUGCUCUGUGAAGACACAUGGAAGCACACUGUGGCUAUUAUAAUAGCUGAAAGUGCGUUAAAAUAACCGGGGCACUCAAGCCUUUUUUUUAUUUCUGUAUUAAUUUGACUAUUCAGUUUGAUAUAAUAACUUCUAUUCUUCUUUUUUCUAUCUGUUCAUUAGCAUCUGUCCUUGCCCAUCACCCCAGUUCUAUGCCAUCACUCUCUGUACACUAUGGUGAUAAGUGCAAGAAGAUGGUCAGGGGCAGGAAAGGAGAAUCCCCAGGAGACUCUUUGCAGAGUGGUACCGUCUGGUGUCUUCAUUCAUGCUUGGGGGGAAAUUUUGAGAGAAUAUUGAUGAAACUGGAAAGUGGUAUCAAGCUUGGAGGGGCUGCAGGCACCACAGAAAACAAGCACGUGCUCCCCUAGAUUUUUGACCCCUAAACUCUGAUUUACCCACAGUCUCGGAGAGUUGCCAGUGUCCGUCUGUCCAUGUUCUGCUGAGUGCCCUAUUUCAAAGCUGUUACUCAUCUGACAGCACUUAAACGUGCACACAGGCAACGUCUGACACUGCAUCAGACAGAACGUUGUGCACAGCAACCACUCGGACACCCAUCAGUACAGCAGCAGAUCCUGAAGCUGUUUUGUAUUUUAGGAAAAAUAUUACAAUCCCUUUUUUUUUUUCCCCACUCCAUCAUGCAGCUCCGUGAAACUCCAACACACAGAAGGGAAGCUAAUCCAGCUUUUCCCUGAAUUAUUUUAUCAGCAGCCAAGAGCGCUGGCUCCAAAGAUGCGCUGACAGUCACACCACGGCUGGCCCCCAUCAUCUGGGAAGAAACCCUCAAUUCUGAGAUCCUAGACAGUGCCUACAGGCCCCUGAAGCUCAACUUGG